AUGUUUUUUGCUGCUUGUUAAAAAGGCAAUAAUAGUGAAUGAUCGGCCGGCUGGCAUAUGGUUGCUCGAAAAUAAACAUUUAGGCACCCACUCAUCCACUCAAUCAAUAACACGAUCACUCAUUCACUCACGUCUUGCAAGUGGCUGACCCUGCGAAACUCAAUGUGACAAAAUGGCCCUCCUAAACACUCAGCGCACAAUGCUAGGCACAGUAUUGUCUUGAGGCCAGUAGCAUGUCUUUUUCAUCCUUACUGUCUUGGCACAGGUCCGGUAUUGCAUUCAGCUUAAAUAAAUGGCGUCGCUGCGCAGCCGUUAUUUAAUAUGUCUGAAAUACAUACACUUUUCUCACUCUUUCCAACUUUUAUUUUGAAAUUAAACGCUUCAUUUUUUAAAGUUUUAUUUUUCAAAUCAAAACGAUGAAUACCGACCAACUCGCCUUUAAUUGCCCUCCCUCACAUGCAUCGCCCAAGGACCUCUGCAACGCCUUCAAGUCCAUCAUGGCAAACCCAAUGCUCACCAUGAUCAACAUGGCUGGCGGCAUGCCCAAUCCAAACACAUUCCCAAUCCUGCAGCUGCAAGCCAGAUGCCUGGAUGAGCUUUUACAAUAUAGUGGCGGCUGCGGUCUGGAAAGCUACUGCAACUUUUUCCCACAGUAUACAGAUUGGGGCGUCAUUGCGUCGUCGCUUUCGCUUUUCUGCCAGCCCGGUGAUUCAGUUCUGGUAGGACGCUGGACAUUUCCCGGGACAUUGAGCAAACUAGCCAUAGCCAGAGUAAACCCAGUGCCUGUUGCUUUAGAUGAGGAAGGCAUGGUCCCUGCGGACCUUGACAGGGUCUGCUCCGGGUGGGGUGGUGCUACCCCAUUGCGUGUGCUGUACGUGAUUCCCACUGGCCAGAACCCCACGGGCACCACAAUGUCUCUUGUGCGCCGUAAGAGUAUCUACGCUGUGGCUCAAAAGCACAAUCUGGUAAUCAUAGAAGAUGACCCGUACUAUUUUCUGCAGCUCCCAAAAUUCACGUCCAGCCAAGGAUGCGAUAUUGUUACUGACAGGACAUGCGGACAGCAGCAAGCUCUUUUUUCGUCGCUGCUGUCUUUGGAUACUGAUGGCCGUGUCAUUCGCCUUGAUUCAUUUAGCAAAAUACUGGCGCCCAACCUGCGCUGUGGCUGGGUCACCGCACCACGGUACAUUUUGGACAAGAUUCAGAUCCUCAACGAGACCACCACGCUCCAGCCAUCAGGCCUUUCGCAGGGCUUAGUGUCAAAACUGCUAAACGACACUUGGGGAAUGGAUGGUUGGGAUGCUCAUAUUUGCGAGCUGCGCGCUAUUUAUACUGCGCGUCGCAACCACUUCGUCCGCAUGGCGGAAAAACACUUAUCGGGGCUGGUCGAGUACACUGUUCCUUUGGCAGGCAUGUUCAUGUGGAUGAGAGUGAACUUUGGCGCGGCAUCGGCCGACCCAACCGCAAUGACACGCCUACUGCACAAAAUGAACGAGUGUGGCAUUAUGAUGGCACCCGGAAUGCCGUUUAGCAGCACGGCUACCUUGCCCUCGGACCAUUACCUACGGGCUGCAUUCGGGUUGGUCGAUACCGACAUGUUUGAGCCGGCUCUGUUGCGCUUGGCACAUGCGAUUAGCACCAUCAGUGGGCAGCCAGCGUCUGUCGAUUAUGAAGCUGCUACCAACGACGCAAGCUGUAGCAGCAGCAAAAAUGAAAUUAGAGCCUAUGUGGCCAACAAUACAGAUAAAGUGCAGCUCAUCGCCCCGAUCGGAUUCAACAACGUGGCAGUCGUCAACAGCCACAGCUAAUAUAAAACCAAACACAUAUAUUGAGGCUUGGUGCAUUCAUUCACGACGUUGUUCAUGGAAUAAAUACGAGGGGUUAACCCGAUAUAUGCCAGAUAUCAGUCAGCGCGGUUACCAACUAAAAGUUAUCUGUUACCAAUAAUACAAUCAAUCAAUCAAUCAUCAUUUCAGUAUAACCAAUACACAGUAGCAAAAAUGCGGGUUAACCCGAGAUUCGGACCAAG